CAAAAUUUGUCAUCGGGGGUUUUAUUGAAUAGCUGAGAAAAAUAAUUUUUGCCCAUAUAAAAAUGUAAAUUAUUUAUAUUAAAACAUCGAAAACAAAACAAAAAGUUAACAAGAAUUGAACUUUAAAUACUCAACAACAAGAAACAAAAGAAAUAAAAAAGAUCAUUAGCCGUUUUACUAGUAAAAAAGUGUUGACAAGAUUUUCUAGGUGGGGCUAGUUGCUGCUGUUGAUCUAAUUACAGGCCAGACGAUAUAUAGAGGAUUUUUUUGCGGUCCCCCUCAACUCGAAAGCAGCCACCAUGGCAAGACCCAUCUAUCCGAAUCAGCAAAAAAUUGCUGAAAAACUAAUUAUUCUGAAUGAUCGCGGUCUGGGCAUAUUGACCCGGGUGUAUAACAUCAAGAAGGCAUGCGGUGAUACAAAAUCAAAACCUGGCUUCUUAUCGGAAAAGUCAUUGGAGUCUUCCAUUAAGUUUAUUGUCAAGAGGUUCCCCAACAUUGAUGUAAAGGGCCUGAAUGCCAUUGUGAAUAUCAAGGCGGAAAUAAUCAAGUCUUUAUCUCUGUAUUACCACACGUUUGUGGAUCUACUGGAUUUUAAGGAUAAUGUAUGUGAGUUAUUAACCACCAUGGAUGCUUGCCAGAUACACUUGGAUAUUACUUUGAACUUUGAAUUGACCAAAAACUAUUUGGAUUUGGUGGUGACCUAUGUUUCCUUGAUGAUACUGCUGUCCCGUGUGGAAGAUCGUAAAGCGGUGUUGGGUCUUUACAAUGCCGCAUUUGAAUUACAAAACAAUGCCUCGGAUGCUGGAUUCCCAAGAUUGGGCCAAAUGAUUUUGGACUAUGAAGUGCCGUUAAAGAAAUUAUCGGAAGAAUUUAUACCCCAUCAACGUUUGCUGACAAAUGCUUUGCGUUCUUUGACCACAAUAUAUCCUUUGCGAAACUUGCCAGCCGAUAAAUGGCGUGAAAUGCAAAAGCUGAGUCUGGUGGGUAAUCCUGCCAUUUUACUUAAGGCAGUACGCACGGACACCAUGUCCUGUGAAUAUCUUUCGUUAGAGGCAAUGGAUCGCUGGAUAAUUUUUGGUUUAAUGUUAAAUCAUCCCAUGCUGGGUCAAUAUCCCGAGGUGAAUAAAAUUUGGUUAUCGGCAUUGGAAUCAAGUUGGGUUGUGGCCCUGUUUCGUGAUGAAGUCUUGCAGAUCCAUCAAUACAUUCAGACUUUUUUUGAUGGCAUCAAGGGCUAUAAUAAACGUAUAAGUGAGGUUAAGGAGGCCUAUUCGAAUGCUGUGCAAAAGGCUGCCCUUAUGCAUAGAGAACGCCGGAAGUUCUUGCGCACUGCCCUCAAAGAGUUGGCCUUGAUAAUGACCGAUCAACCGGGACUGCUGGGACCAAAGGCUAUUUUUAUAUUUAUUGGUUUGUGUUUGGCCAGGGAUGAGAUCUUGUGGUUGCUAAGGCAUAACGACAAUCCGCCCUUGCUUAAGAAUAAGGGCAAAAGCAAUGAAGAUUUGGUGGAUCGUCAAUUGCCGGAAUUGUUGUUCCACAUGGAAGAACUACGCGCCCUGGUGCGCAAAUACAGCCAAGUCAUGCAACGUUAUUAUGUGCAAUAUCUAUCUGGUUUCGAUUCCACCGAUUUGAAUAUACGCAUGCAAAGCCUACAGAUGUGUCCCGAAGAUGAAAGUGUUAUCUUCUCUUCGCUCUACAAUACAGCCUCCAAUUUGACCGUGAAGCAAGUAGAAGAUAAUGAACUAUUCGACUUUAGGGCCUUCCGUUUGGAUUGGUUCCGUUUGCAAACAUACAUGAGUGUGGGCAAGGCAGUUUUACGCAUUCAAGAGCACGUUGAGCUGGCUCGUCUGUUGGACUCCAUGGUCUUUCACACCCGCGUGGUGGACAAUUUGGAUGAAAUCCUCGUGGAAACUUCCGAUUUGAGCAUUUUCUGUUUCUACAGUAAAAUGUUUGAUGAUCAAUUCCAUAUGUGUUUGGAAUUCCCGGCACAAAAUCGUUAUAUUAUUGCCUUCCCCCUGAUUUGCAGUCAUUUUCAAAAUUGUACCCAUGAAAUGUGUCCUGAAGAACGUCAUCACAUACGCGAACGUUCUUUGAGUGUGGUGAAUAUUUUCCUCGAAGAAAUGGCUAAGGAGGCAAAGAAUAUUAUUACCACCAUAUGUGAUGAGCAAUGCACCAUGGCAGAUGCCCUACUUCCCAAGCAUUGUGCCAAGAUAUUAUCCGUACAAUCGGCCCGUAAAAAGAAAGAUAAAUCGAAAAAACAAUUUGACGAUAUACGUAAGCCUGGCGAUGAAUCAUAUCGUAAGACCCGUGAGGAUUUGACCACAAUGGAUAAGUUGCACAUGGCCUUGACCGAAUUGUGUUUUGCCAUCAACUAUUGUCCCACAGUGAAUGUGUGGGAAUUCGCCUUUGCCCCCCGUGAAUAUUUAUGUCAAAAUUUGGAACAUCGUUUCUCCAGAGACUUGGUGGGUAUGGUUAUGUUCAAUGCGGAAACAAUGGAAAUUGCCAAGCCUUCGGAAUUGUUGGCUUCGGUAAGGGCAUACAUGAAUGUUUUGCAAACGGUUGAGAAUUAUGUGCACAUUGAUAUGACAAGGGUAUUCAAUAAUUGUCUACUGCAACAGACACAGGCUUUGGAUUCGCAUGGUGAAAAGACCAUUGCUGCAUUGUAUAAUACAUGGUACAGCGAAGUCUUGUUGAGACGUGUUUCGGCCGGCAACAUUGUGUUUAGCAACAAUCAAAAGGCCUUUGUACCCAUUUCCCCAGAGGGUUGGGUACCCUUCAAUCCCCAGGAAUUUUCGGAUUUAAAUGAAUUGCGUGCCCUGGCCGAAUUGGUGGGCCCCUAUGGCAUAAAAUCUCUGAACGAAACUCUUAUGUGGCACAUUGCUAACCAGGUGCAAGAAUUGAAAUCUUUGGUGGGCGUCAACAAAGAGGUAUUGAUAACUUUGCGUACAAGUUUUGACAAGCCCGAAGUUAUGAAGGAGCAAUUCAAACGUCUACAAGAUGUUGAUCGGGUGCUGCAACGCAUGACCAUUAUUGGCGUCAUAUUAUGUUUCCGUAAUCUUGUCCAUGAGGCUUUGGUGGAUGUUCUGGAGAAACGCAUACCCUUCCUCUUGAGUUCUGUUAAAGAUUUCCAAGAACAUCUACCGGGUGGUGAUCAAAUACGUGUGGCCUCUGAAAUGGCCUCAGCUGCGGGGCUAAUGUGCAAAGUUGAUCCAACAUUGGCGGCAACUUUAAAAUCGAAAAAACCCGAAUUCGAUGAGGGUGAACAUUUAACAGCUUGUCUUUUGAUGGUAUUUGUGGCGGUUUCCAUACCCAAAUUGGCUCGCAAUGAUAGUUCAUUUUAUCGCGCCUCCAUUGAUGGUCAUUCCAAUAACACACAUUGCAUGUCAGUGGCCAUAAACAAUAUAUUUGGGGCAUUGUUUACCAUUUGUGGCCAAAAUGAUAUUGAAGAUCGUAUGAAAGAAUUUUUGGCCUUGGCCUCAUCUUCUCUGUUGCGUUUGGGUCAGGAAUCGGAUCGCGAUGCAACACGUAAUCGUGAAUCUAUCUAUCUGUUAUUAGAUGAAAUCGUUAAACAGUCACCAUUCUUAACCAUGGAUUUAUUGGAAUCCUGUUUCCCCUAUGUCCUAAUACGUAAUGCCUAUCAUGCUGUCUACAAACAGGAACAAAUAUUAGGACUUUAAAUAGCACUUAUUUAUAGAUUCGAGAUGUAGAUGUAGUUUUUAUAAGGAUAUUCAAUGCAUUGCACACAAUAAAUACGGAGGAAGAAGAAGAAAAAGCAUAGGGAAGUUAAAUUCAUGUAGGGCAAUAACCAUGAUUGGCUCCCCGUGGAGAAGACUUUCUUCUAGCAAAUCAAGUAAACGAAAUUAAAACAAUAAUUGUAUCGUGUUUUUUACAAGUUUUUUUCUCUUUUUUAUUUAGUUUAAGCUCUCUUUCUAUUCAAAAACAUUUUUUCAUAUUAUAUACACAUCUAAGUAUAUAAGAAGUAUUAAAAUAAUCAAGUAACUCUUAAUUUAAGAAAUUUACGUUAAGAACAACCCAUUUCAAAAAUAAACAAAAGCAAAUUAAACCAAA